GAGACAUGGUGUCUGUCUCGUUCCUGGUGGUUCCCACUUUGGUGGCUCCAUGGAGGGGCAUCCGCUCGUUUCUCCGGGGGGUAAAGUUGUGAUUGACCCUGGUCACCAGUUAACACCUCGCAGGGAAAUAGUCGGAGGACACCGUAGUUUCAUUCAGCAGUGGGACGUUUCCUCUCUAGUCUUGCCAUGUUUUCAUCCCGCUGAUUUAUUCCUGACAGUUUCUUCGUCUGUUUGUCUGCACGACUGCAUCCUGUCCAUCUGUCCCUCCUGGAGCAGCCAGGAGGCGGUUUCUCCCCCACUGGCAGCCUGCGGGCCAGGUGGUCUCUGAUCUUUGAUCCUCACCUGUCCUCAGGCUGAGUCGUGGAAGCUUUUCCCCAGGCGCCUUGCCUCUCCUUCUGGUGGCUGGGCUGUGGAUGGGGCCGCUUUGGCCCUUGUGGGCUGUGUCCAGAAGCAGGACCCCCGGUCACGUUGGUGGCUGCAUCCUUGAUGCCCGCCACCUCGAGCUCCCCGUGUGCUUCUGGGGGCCUUCGGAGCCUCCACGUCAAGUCCUGUCCUGAGUCGGAUCUUCUUGGGAGCCCGGGGCCCCUGGUGAGAUUUCCACUUCUGCCACCCUGGUCUUGAUCCCCAGGGACCCUGUUCUGGUGACUUUCAAAGCAGCACGUCCUGCUUGCCGGUGGGCACUCGGCUCCCCCUGCCCCGUCUCCUGCCUUGGCUCAGCUCCCAGGCCACUGAAGGGUGACCAGAAGCUCGGGCUGCUCAGCUGCUUUCUCCGUCAAGGCCUCUCCUUGGGGCCCUGAUUUCUGUCCUCAAGGUCUGUCCCGUGCCUGUUGAAUUCCCCAGAGAAGGGUCUUCUGGCAUCCGGCCUGGAGGGCCACCCGCCCUGGUCUCUGCUUUCCCUGCCACCUCGGCCUCCAUCACAGCCCAGGGGCCUCGUUCACUGCCUGGUCUCCGCCGCUUCUCUGUAGUGGCCCCUCCUUAUUCCAGCCCCCCGGCCCCACCCCCGGAGCCGCUGGAGGAGCCCUCCAGGCCUCAGACCCCCAUCGCCUGACGAAGCAAAAGCAAGCAAACAACUAGGAACCCUGGUGUGACUUGGGGAGUCUUGUCGAGAAGGAGCAAGACAGGACCGUCCAUUCCCAAGUUGAUUUCAUCUGUUUGUUUGUUUGGGGGCUGGGCCACGCGGCUUCCGGGAUCUUAGUUCCCCGACCAGGGAUUGCACCCCGGGCCACUGCGGUGAGAGCGCAGAGUCCCAACCAGUGGGCCGCCAGGGAAGUCCCGUGAUUUCACUUUUUAAGACAUUCAAAGCCCUUGUUCUGACUCCAGAGGCAUUUGGACUCCUUCCGGAAACUACACACACGGAGGCUGCCGACCCCUCCUGCUGCACGCGAAAGCGGGGGGGGUCUGCCUGUCCCUUGGCUGUCGCGUCCUCGGUCACCAGGCUGGGUGGGCUGCUUGUGGGCUGUCGAUGGUCAGGAAGAGGUCACGCGCUGGAGGGAGCCUGAGCAUCCGUCCUGGGCUCCCUGGGCCCUGCUCUGGACGCAGUGGACAGCAGUGCUGGUCUGUGAUGGAGCGCCUGCUGCCUUCCAGUCCGGAACCUGCAGCAGGACACAGAAAGCUCCUGGUGCCACCUGAGACCAGGUCACCAAGGGCAGACGGUCCGGGAGGCUCUGGUCUGAACAGGCAUCUGUCUCCCCAGGUGCUGCCUGGCUCUUUUUCAUGUAUAAAUCCUCAGCUUUCGGAACGGCCUAGAAAACAGCGCGACGCCCGCCAUGCUUGCCCGCUUGCGUCCCCUGUCCUUGCGGCCCAACCCAGACCCACCCCACCCCCAGCUUGAGUUCCCAGUUCUUUGCUCUUAACAGCACUUUCUGUGCUUUUAUUUCUAAUGACAUGUUGUGUCUGGACACACUUGAGUGCACUGGUGGCGCUGUGUCGUGUGUCUCCUUCCGCGACUCGGCCUCAGCAUUGCCGACGGCUGUAAGGUUUGCCCAUCACCCAUCGCCCGUGUGCGGCUUCCCUCUGCCCGCUGUGGGCGUCCAUCCCCACCCGCUGCCACAUGCGUCCCUGUCGACAGGCGCCUAGGUUCUGUUUGGCUUUUGUUUUGCUGCUGGCAAAAAAGUGCCGUGUUGACCCCAUCUGACGGAUGCUCUGUCCCCGUGCCAUCCCGGCCACGGGCUCUGCUGACUCUUUCUUACGUUCCCUGUCACUUGCGGUGACUCCUGAAAGGUCCCAUCCCCACCGUUUCGGUCUGAAUCUGUUUGCGUCUGUGCUGCCACCUGCUUUCAGCCUGGGACAGUCGGGAGGCACUGGAGCCUCGUGUGCUGGGUGGGCGGGUGUGUGUGUGUGAUGGAUUCUGCUUCUUCAGAGGCCGCCAACACCCUCCACCCUCGGGGCAGAUGGAGCAGAACCUCCAGGGCGGGUAAGGGUACAGCCCAGCACGAUGACCUCGGGGGUCGUGGGUGCCCCGUGGGCGCAGACCCAGCAGAAACACAAGGAACGACCUGCACAGGACGGACGUGGUGGACAGUCUGGGGCCCGGUGUGGUCAGCAGUGGGGAUGAGUCCCUUGUGGCUUGUUCAUCCAGUGAAAUACCACACCGUCACCAGCCCGCGCCCCGCCCAGUGCCACCUGCAUGGCCGCUGCCUCCGUCCCCGCGUCCCUGCCCUGCGCUGCCCGCCACCCCUGAGAUGUCGGCAUCCGCUAAGCCCGCGGCCCUGGCAGAGCUGGCUCCGGGCCCCAGUGAGAAGCCGGGGGGACGGCCGCUCCUGGCCUGGGGCCCCGUGUUUGGCCACCGGAGUGAGAAGAUCGCAUUUGGCCAGAGCGAAGGUGGCCCCGACGAGCAGGUGCUCACGGUCACCGUCACCGAGACGACCGUCAUCGAGGCGGACCUGGGCGUGUGGGGUGCCCGCGCCCUCAUCUACCUCACACUCUGGUUCUUCUUCAGCUUCUGCACCCUGUUUCUCAACAAGUACAUCCUGUCCCUGCUGGAAGGGGAGCCCAGCAUGCUAGGGGCCGUGCAGAUGCUGUCAACCACACUCAUCGGCUGUGUUAAAAUAUUUGUUCCCUGCUGUUUGUAUCAGCACAAAACCCGGCUUUCUUACCCUCCCAACUUCAUCAUGACCAUGUUGUUCGUGGGUCUCAUGAGGUUUGCAACAGUGGUUUUGGGUCUGGUCAGCCUGAAAAAUGUGGCGGUGUCCUUUGCUGAGACGGUGAAGAGCUCGGCCCCCAUCUUCACUGUGAUCCUGUCCCGGACCGUCCUGGGGGAGCACACCGGGCUGCUGGUCAACCUCUCGCUCAUCCCUGUCAUGGGCGGCCUGGCGCUGUGCACGGCCACCGAGAUGAGCUUCAACUUCCUGGGGUUUUCGGCCGCCUUGUCCACCAACAUCAUGGACUGGGUCUUCCUGUGCUCACACUGUCUGUUCCGUGGCCGCUGCCGAGCAGAGCUGGGUAACCUCAGUUUGCAGAACGUUUUCUCCAAAAAGCUCCUCAGCGGGGACAAAUAUAGGUUCUCGGCCGCGGAGCUGCAGUUCUACACCAGUGCAGCAGCCGUGGCCAUGCUCGUCCCGGCCUGGAUCUUCUUCAUGGACUUGCCGGUGAUCGGGAGGAACGCGAGGAGCUUCCGCUACAGCCAGGACGUGCUGCUUCUGCUGCUGGCGGACGGCGUCCUCUUCCACCUGCAGAGCGUCACAGCCUACGCCCUCAUGGGGAGGAUCUCUCCCGUGACCUUCAGUGUCACCAGCACCGUCAAGCACGCCCUGUCCGUCUGGCUCAGCGUCAUCGUUUUCGGCAACAGGGUCACCAGCCUGUCAGCCGUGGGCACCGUGCUGGUGACAGCCGGAGUCCUGCUCUACAACAAGGCCAAGCAGCAGCAGCGGGAGGCCAUGCAGAGCCUGGCUGCGGCCACCAGCCAGUCCCCAGACAGCAGCCCUGAGCCGCUGCUCCCCCCGGACCCCCGGCCACACCACUGAGCCCCGGAGCCUCAGGGGCGCAGCGCACCAUGCCGCUCCUUGCCAGUGGGGGACCCCCUUCGCCUCUCCUGCUCCCUGGAUGGCAGGCGUGGGGCCUCUGGCUCCACGGGUCACAGUCCGGGUGUGGGAGGUGCGGGUGGCCAGCCUUUCCCGCUCUUUCCUGGGACGUUCGGUCAGAGCUGUGGGAGCUCGAAUCGGGGUCCCAGAUGUCAGCCCCUGGGGCACAGACCACAGCUGCCACUGAGCCGUUGCCGAGCCACGUGACAACCUCCUCCUGGCGGCCUCUGCGCACCCCCUGCAGCCAGGCCAGGCCCCGAUUCCUCUGUGGGUGACGACCACUGGGGACAGCUGUGAAGCCGGGGCUGCAGCCAGGUGCCAGUGGCUGCCCUCCCCACUUGUAGCCGGCGGAGAGAACCCGCUUCCCCACGCCAGCCGUCGGCGGCCACCCGAGGUACGUCCGGCUCCUCGGCUGUCAGGGAGUCUGUCCGCUGCCCAGACACGGAGGCCACGGCAUCGGGGCACUGAGCGGAGAGGGGACAGCUGGGGUGCAGAGACCGGCAUUCCCUGCUCCUGAGGAUGGAGUGUCCGGCCCCGGCGUCCCGCCCUCCUGCCCGAGGCCGAGCUGCCCGCAUCAGCACCACUUAGGGAAGGUCACUCACGGAGCGAAGGCGGCCCCACCCCUUUCCGUGCCUGCUGCGCCGAGCUCCUCACCUGAAGGUCCAGCCCUCACCUGCGGCCGGGGCUCCCCAGAGGCCCAGACGUGGUUUCUAGCCCGAGGCUGCGGGCAGCCCCCCGCGGUGUUUGGCUCAGGGAGGGGGCUUCUGUCCCUUCUGCUCCCCUGGGUGAGAGGCAGGCUGUUCGGAGCGCCCCUGGGGAGCACCCGUCCCCACUCAACUGGUCAGGAGCCUUGCCUUGUCUCAUCAACGAGGCUUUUAGGAUUUUCCCUCGUGAAUGAUGAGCAGGACGAGUGUGGAAUAUUUACUGUUUUUGUUAUGCUGCGUUUAAAAUGACAGUGUAGGUUUUUAAAAGGAAACACAGGCAUAGGUGGCUUAUGGAACGCAUCGUGUAUGCCAGGUAAACCACAGUCGGACCCACGGCCUGGCCCGGCCCGCCGCCUGCAGAGCAGACAGACGGACAGCCAGCCAGGUGUUUGAGGCCUGUGGUGGGCUGAGGCGCCACCCCUCGCUUCACCUCUUGCCUCGCAGCCCGUUGGGAUUUCUGAUCGGACGCAGCCCCCUCCCUCCCACCAGGCUAGAGCUCUGGGGCUUGUCAGGUGCAGCCCUACUCGGGGCCGCGGGCUGGCCACCUGGCCAUCUCCAGCCAGCCUGCGGACAGAGCCACCCGAAGGCACAAAUCGUUCCCUGAGUCUCAGGCAGCAUUCCCAGCUGUUCGGGGCCUGGGCUCCCUGAUUGCUUCUCUGGUUUUCCAGUUGGCUUCUCAGCUGGAAAAUAUAAAAGAGCCCCUCCUGGAGAGCAGAUCUCUUGGAAACAAAGAGCAAUAACCAUAUCUCAUUAAGUUCCGCUAACUUUAAAAAUCUUGUAAUGAUGAUGGAUUAAAAUGAGGCCUUUUAAGCUACAAACAACCUUUUUACGAAGCUGACCUCCUGCUCCAGAGGACGGCGGGUCACACGCACCUUCGCUGUGCAGGGGUUGCUCGUGUGACUUUCCCAGGUUUCAUCCCUUUCCUCUUUUUCUGCUUCCCCCCAAAACCAAACUAAAGAGGAUUCUUUGGCGGUAGCUGGGGUGGCGGCUGGUGCACUGAUCUGUGAGGACCAGCGAGAAAGCACCGUUUCCCUGGGGCUGCUGCCUCUGCCCUCAGACUGUGGCCACUGUGCCCACGGCUGAUGGGGAGACGUGAACAGAAGGGGUGCAUCUGUGGUUGCCCACGGCAGACUGUCAUCUGAGUGUUAUCAGGUGCCAGCCGCCUGUGUCCGAGUGUUGUUAGGGACCUGGGUCCCUGCCUCCUGUGGACGUGCCCCUCCCUCCACUCUCAUCCUGUUUUGAUUUUCUAGAUAUUAGGACCAAGAAAGAUUUUCCUAAAUUAUUAGUAAAUGAGGCAGUUUCUAGCAAAGCUGCUUUUGAGACUUCUCCUCAUCCCGGGUGGGAGACCACAAAACAUGUGCUGCAGCUGCAUUCUGUCUGCAUCCCCACCCCUAAGUCGUCCACAUGUUGGGCGUUUCCGCAGCCUGGCAAUGGCAUUUGUUUAAUAACCGUACAGACAUGUUUUUUAAUUAACUUUGUUUAGUGGUUUUUUAGUAUGUUCUUUUCACUGAACCAUCGCAGGUGUGCUCGUACCAGUGUUGACACCGGGUGUUGUGUGUUACAUUGGGUCCCUUCCUCCUAUGUCUUUGGUCGUCAUCCGUGCCUUUGUAAACAAACUCUUGAACCAGGCUUCUGAAUCUGGUCAUCUGCUUACUUACAUUGAUACGUAGAGAUGUAGUAUCCACACUUCUCUGGCUUUCAAGGAAAUUUCCACUACUGAGUGGCAUAAAAAAGGCUUUUUUAAAAAAGAAUUCUGAUAGUCAUAAUUUCCUGCAUAUCAGCAUUAAAAUCAUAUGCCUUGGAAAGCUGAGAAUACUCUUGCACAGUCCAAAAUGUGUCUUUAAUUUGUGAAUCAAACAGUAAAAAAUUGCUGCACGAGGAAUGUCAUCCAUAUGGAGCCAUGCUCGUCACCAGCCCUUGAAAUACUUUCCCCAAACUGGUGGGCUUUCCCUCCUGUGCGGCGCUGACUGUCCCAUGGACGGUCAUUUAUAGAUGGGCCAGAGGGGAUCAAAGAAAUGCAACAUGUCUUUUUACAUCUGUCCAGGGGGUGUGCUUCCUGAUGCCUGAAAGUAUUUUCACUGUUCCCCUGGGUUGGAAAAAUUAAACAAAGAUGUUAUUACAGGUAGAAACUCUCCUCUCUUUUUGCCUUUGACCAACAUUGUGCUAAGGGCUCUGUUUUUCUCCAAAACACGUACAUGCCCUGGUUGGGACCUCUUUGUUUUCUUAGUUUAUAAAUAAGAACGUCCCAGCUCCCCUGAAGAGUCUGCCUAUUUCUCUAUCCUGGCUGAGGGGCCGAGAGCAGAGUCAUGAGGUUGUGCUGACCAUCGCUUGGCGUACUCACCCUGCAGCUCAGGGUGUAAAACAUUCCAGUUUGCUGUCUCUGUAGUAUCUCCUCCUCUCCUCCUGAGGGCUGAGAUUCUGAGUUUGAUGGCCACUGGGUCCACGCCUAGAUGUCCAAACUGAGUUGGAAACUGUUCUAAUCGGCAGAGUCUUUGGUGUUUUGGGUUUUUUUUUCCAGUUUUCAUCAGAGGAAAACUGGCGUUCAGCUGAUGUGCUAUUUCUAGACUGCAGAUGUGUGAGUAGCGUCUGCACCCGCCCAGGGCGGUGUUGUGGGCACCACGUUGCAGAGGGCCACAGUGAGAGUGACUUUCCCACACUGAAAAACUUGAAAAUUAUAUCAAUAAUUGUCUAUAUCAGAACCAAAUUAUAUGUGCUUUAUACCAAACAAAACUGCGGAGAACUAAAAGCACAUCGUGCAAAACGUCUGUAGUGAUUUGUAUUUCACUUAUUUCGGUAUUUAUGUGAUUAGAUGAAUUCUUUCUAGAAAAUGGUGGUUAAAUAGCCGAGUCACUGUUAAUUCCGCUACGGUAAUGCAUCGAUGCUGUACAGUGAAUCCUGCGGACGCCCCCUGGUUAUUUUUGUCUAAGUUAAGCCGCCAUGGUAGCAACUAUCUAGGACUCUUGUUCUGCGAAAGUAAAAUAAACGUUCAGCGUGUACUGUU